ACCUUGGAAAUUGCUAUGAUAAAGAAAUUUACGGUUUCUUCGAAUUAAAGAAGAAACAAACAUCUUCAUAUUUGACGAGAAAAACUUCCUCAAUAAAUACGAAUGGAAAGAUUGUGAUUUGGAUUCCACAUCUAACCGAAGAAUUGGUAUGGAAUUGUUGGAAAAAGUACUUUUCCACCAACAAAAUUGAAGUUUAUAUAAGUAUUGUCAGACUCUUCUUCAAGGAUGAAGAAUUAGAUCUUUGGAAACCGUAA